GGCGCCCCUGAUGCAGCUGUCGGCUGAAGCAAGUAUAGCGGGUGCAUAUUUGGUGUCAUGCUGCGUGUUCCAGCUCCUGACAACCAUCAUCUUCCCGUAGGCAGAGGCAAAGAUGAUGCAUUCGCGCAUUCUCCUCUCUCAUUGGCGUCCUUCCUGCUUUGGCAUGGCUCUCUCUUUCAGACUGCUUCCCCUGUUUGCGUCACCUUCUCAUAUGGGCGGCUCUCUGCUGGUGUCAUGCGACAGUGUGACGAGCCUUCUCUCCGCCUUAUGCGUGGGCACGCGUGGCCGCAGCGUCGCUGCGGACGACGUGCAUCGGCUGUGGGGAGUCUACUUUGCAGUGCUAUCCGUCCGUAGGACACGGAGAUAGGCAGGGGAACCGACACACGAACACACAUUGAAGUGGCUGUCGUCGAUUGUUUUGUGUGGCAGGCAAGCGCUCUUCUGGUCGGUGUUCUGGGCGUCGCUGCAACACAUUCGACGGCGUUGUGGUGCGUCAUCGCCAUCAAGGCGACGCUUGGCAUCUGCUCAGGCGUGGUUGACGUCAUCGGCCGGGCUGUGGUGCUGCUGUUGCCAUCGCCGAUAACAGUGCUCGUGUGUGUGGAAUAUCUGGAGGCAGCCAUGUACGUCGUCGGUCCGCUGCUGGGCGGUCUCCUCGCGCACACUCAUGAGGGUGACCUGGGGGCUGCAUUUUCCGUCAUGACGGCGGUCUUCCUCUGCCCGCUGCUGCCCCUGCUGCUGCCAAGGACAGACAUCAAGAAGGGGGGCAACUCGACUGCUGCUGGUGGUGGUUGUGGUCCACAAGCCGACGGCUCGUCUAUCGUCUCUUGGAGAGGCCUGCUGUCGAUCAUGCCAUGGUGCUCUGUGUCGAUGCUGACCCUGGCGAUGGCCCUGCCGCCUCUGUUUGGCGUCAUCGUGGGUAGCGACCAUACUCACCAUCACAGCACCUAUCUCGACCGAGGGAUCGCUCUCGCCCUCCCGCCACUGAGCAAUGCCCUCUGUGCGGUGGCUCUCGCGUGCACUAUGAUGGACGACGGGCGAGAGGGUGGGAGGCCAGCCAUGGCGUGUGGUGGUAUGGGUGUGGGUGCGUCGCUGCUGAUGGUGUGUUGCUGGCCGGGAUCCAUGACAGUCGGAUUCACGUGUGCCGGCGGCUGCUUGGCGCUUGUCUUGGUGCCGGCAUUGCCGUGCAUACAACAGCAGCUGGCGAGGAUGAAACGGGGAUGUGGUGGUGCUGAUGGUUCUAGGAUGGAUUAUGCGUUGCUGGCGUCGUCUGUGUCUGUGGUAUGUGAGCUGACGGGCGAGGGGUUUGUGGCGGUGGGGUGUGCGUGGGCAGUGGAUAAAGUGGGCAUUGAGGCGGUGCUGGGCGGGCUGGGUGUGGUGUUUGGGGGACUGUCUGUUGGGGUGAUGGCGUAUGUAUAUCCCUCCCUCUGUGGUUGAACUGCACCUGUCGAUACCUACCUACAUAAGCGACUCUUGAAUGGGUGUGUAUGUUAUGUUAUGUUAUGUACAUAUGCAUGCAUGUGUAGUGGACACACAUAAACAGGCAGACCAACGCACACAUUCCCUCGUGUCAGUCACGUGAAUCGAAUCGCG